AUGGAUCUCGCUGUGACAUUGAUCAAAGCCGUCAUGCGGGCGUUCUAUUCGACGCGAGACAUCCUCGUUGUAGACGCACUGAUUCUUCAUGAAGCUCUACGCGAUGACGAUCUUGCCUAUCUAAUGGCAAUCAAUACGAAAGAUUUGCACAAGAUAUGCGGAAAGCUACGAGAGGAUCGUUUCCUGACAGUCCACACGAGAUCAGAGUUACGACCGGGUAAUCCCCGACCGAGCAAUCGCACGUGGUACUACAUCAACUAUCGACACACCAUCGACGCCAUCAAGUGGCGGGUUUACAAUAUAGACAAGGAGGUUCAAGGAACCACGGUACCGGUAAAUGAGAAGAAGGAAUAUUUCUGCUCAUACUGUAGGGCCGAAUGGACGUUGAUGGAGGUGUUGGACAGCGUUGGACCAGAGGGCUUCAUCUGUCAUCGAUGCCGCCACCCUCUCUCGUUUGAAGCAGAUCGAAACGCCGGCGGGCACGAACAGUCUACAAGACUGAACGACCAAUUCAAAUUCAUCAGCGAACUGCUGCCCAAAAUCGAUGCAGCACACAUCCCUGAAUGCGAUUUUGAUCGAGCUCUAUCGAAAGCUCGACCUGUGGUUCGCGAUGCUACACACCAACGCGCAGCCACGAUACCUGUUGACGAUGCAUCGUCCCGACCCAUGGCGGUUAGAGGUUUAGCCAAUACCGGCCCGCAGUCAAUUGCCGUCAAUAUCUCUACAUCCGACGGGCCGUCCGAGGCCGAGAAGGAGGCCGAAAGGCUUCGGAAGGAAAAGAUUGCACAGCAAAAUGCACUGCCUGCCUGGAUGUCCAAUAGUACAAUCACAGGAGAGUCAUUCUCCGCAACUGCUGAUGCCAAUGCUUUGGGGGCGAGCAGGGAGUCGGCUGGUCGAAAUCCGUCUCAGAGCAAGCUGGUCGAAAACACUUCCACUACACAGAUUGAUGACAUUUUCGAGAAGCUGAAAGCAGAGCAGGCUGCUAUUCUAGCCCGAGGAGAGGAAGAGGAAGAAGAGGAAGAAUAUGCUUCUGAGGAAGAGGACGAUGAGUUUGAGGAUGUCAUGGCGACUGGUAAUAACUCUGGGCUUGGCACGCCAGGCAUCAAGACCGAGGCACCAACAGGCGAUGCGUCCCGAAACGGAGACAGCACGGAUGACAGGGCGAUUAAACGAGUCAAGGUCGAACCCGAAGUUAAGAAGGAGGAUAGCGGCAUUGACGAAGACGAGGAUGACGAUGAGGUCGAGUUUGAGGAUGUUUGA